AGGAGCUGCGGACGAGCCUGGGCUCGGUGCGGAAUUUCUCGUGCCCCCGCUUGUCGCGUCGCGCCCCGAGACUGAAAGGUAGGACUGGAGCAAAUGUUCCCCUGGCUCCCUGAGUCGGAGCUGGUCCUGCCUUCCCGCCCCCAAGUGCCUGGAGGAACGCUGUAGACAGACCCCGCCCCCUUCCCGGCCGGGACUCCCCGUCCCUCCCCGUGGGGACCCCGCGGUCCGCGUGCCUGGCGCGGAGCCCCGGGCAGCGCCAUGAAGCUCCUGAGGAAGGACAUCGAGAAGGACAACGCGGGCCAGGUGACCCUGGUCCCCGAAGACCCCGAGGACAUGUGGCACACGUACAACCUCGUGCAGGUGGGCGACAGCCUGCGCGCCUCCACCAUCCGCAAGGUGCAGACCGAGUCCUCCACGGGCAGCGUGGGCAGCAGCCGCGUGCGCACCACGCUCACCCUCUGCGUGGAGGCCAUCGACUUCGACUCGCAGGCCUGCGAGCUGCGGGUGAAGGGGACCAACAUCCAGGAGAACGAGUACGUCAAGAUGGGCGCUUACCACACCAUCGAGCUGGAGCCCAACCGCCAGUUCACCCUGGCCAAGAAGCAGUGGGACAGCGUGGUGCUGGAGCGCAUCGAGCAGGCCUGCGACCCGGCCUGGAGCGCCGACGUGGCGGCCGUGGUCAUGCAGGAGGGCCUGGCCCACGUCUGCCUGGUCACGCCCAGCAUGACCCUCACCCGGGCCAAGGUGGAGGUGAACAUCCCCAGGAAACGCAAGGGGAACUGCUCCCAGCACGACCGGGCCCUGGAGCGGUUCUACGAGCAGGUGGUGCAGGCUAUCCAGCGCCACAUACACUUCGAUGUGGUCAAGUGCGUCCUGGUGGCCAGCCCGGGGUUUGUGCGGGAGCAGUUUUGCGACUACAUGUUUCAGCAAGCGGUGAAGACGGACAACAAGGUGCUCCUGGAAAACCGGUCCAAGUUCCUGCAGGUGCAUGCCUCCUCUGGACACAAAUACUCCUUGAAGGAGGCCCUCUGUGACCCGACCGUGGCCAGCCGCCUUUCGGACACCAAAGCUGCGGGGGAAGUGAAAGCCUUGGAUGACUUCUAUAAAAUGCUGCAACAUGAACCUGACCGGGCUUUCUACGGCCUGAAGCAGGUGGAGAAGGCCAACGAGGCCAUGGCCAUCGACACCCUGCUCAUCAGCGACGAGCUCUUCAGGCAUCAGGACGUAGCCAUGCGGAGCCGGUAUGUGCGGCUGGUGGACAGUGUGAAAGAGAAUGCAGGCACUGUGAGGAUCUUCUCCAGCCUCCACGUCUCCGGGGAGCAGCUCAGCCAGUUGACCGGAGUAGCUGCCAUUCUCCGAUUCCCUGUCCCCGAACUCUCCGACCAAGAGGACGACUCCAGCUCUGAAGAAGAUUAACGACUGGAACUUGUCAUUGAGACAGCCGCGUGCCUCCUUGACUGUCCACAUGUUCUCAGCAUCCUGGAGACAGGCAGCCACGAGAGCAGCCUUCUUGUAGGGACCAGCCACGCUAGGGUGUUGUGGCGGGCAGGACUCCUAUUUAAAACUAAACCUAAACAAUAAAAGGAAAUAAUCUCCACGUACUACCAUUUUUUGUUAAUUAGAAUAAUUUUAUCUAGGAAUUAUGAGUUAUUUGCAGUACUUAGAAACAUUUUGUGUAUUUAAUAAGAAUCUCUGUUCUUUGGGAUGGAUCAUAAAACCCCAUAGUUCAUGCUUUGAAAUAGUUUUCCUUAGGAAAAGCUUUUACUAUUUCAUUAUCCUCAGUUUACGUUAUUUAUUUGAUUUCUGCAUAGUGUUCUUGCACUGUUUAAUGAUCCCUUUCUCUCCACUUGUCCUACACUGCCCUUUUUUCCUGGUUAAUCCU